AUGUCAGCGUAUUACACUAGUGGUGACAUAUGGAAAGACCUUAAGGCAAAAAAAGAGGAAUCGGUCGGAUUCCUCCGACGAGGAGGGGCGCCAGAUCCUGAAGGUCCGGAGCAUCACAUCCAUUGGAGGCGACGGUUACUGCGGAGGUCCCAAGGCGAACUGGGGGGAGGGGGCGCGUCAUUAGAGAGGAUUAGACUUCUUAAACAUGAAGGUGUCCCGCCAGACGUUGCCAACUCCAAAAAACCUCACGUUUAA